CGCUGCUCCUGCGCCACUUCCGGUCGCCCGCGUGGACCGUGGUCAUCCACGCGGUGCCCAUCGCCCCUGAUGCCGCCCCCUCGCCCCUGCGCCCCUUCCUCGUUGUCGCCACCAACACCACGACCACCUCCUCCCCAUCCGCCUCCUCACCCUCCCCCCCGUCGUGUCCCGUGCCGCUAGUGGCGACGACGUUCCCGCGCGUGGGCAGCAACGGCAUCCACCCCGAGCAGCUGGCGGACCUCUUCACCCUCGUGGACCAGGAGAACCUUAUCCGAUCCGCACCCCCCUUUCCCACACCGCUCCCUGCUGCCGCCGCUGCUGCCACCAGUGUAGACGCCGCACGCUCCCAGUCCCCUCCCUCUGCGCACCCCGCCUCGCCCCCCACCUUGGCAUCCUUAGCAGCAUACAGUGGUGGCCGGCGCGUGCUGUGCCACCUAUCGCCGCAUGUGCCAGGGGGGCCAGCAGCAACAGCCGUAGCACGUGGUGGGGAUGGUGGGGAGAGUGCAGGGUGCGAGAUUGCUCUGAUGCCACCUGUGCCUGCUGACAGCGCCUCUCCCUCUGGCAGCCAUGCAGCAGCAGCAGGUGGUGGUGGGGUCGUCAGUGCGUUCACGGCCACGGUGCUGGACGCCACGCCUGCCAUGCUGGAUGGGGCCUCCCUGCCAUGCGCUGUCUUCCUCGUGCCACAGGGCAUGAACCGCGACUGGCUGUACGCGGCGGAGGAGGGCCAGUGGCAGCUCGUGGAGUCCGCCAAUGCGCAGCGCCUCAUCCUGGUGCAGCAGAACGAGCAGCCGGGACAGAAGCCCUUGCCCAUGGCUCAAGUGCAGGAGGAGCUGUCGCCGCUCGUGCUGCAGCUGGCGCCUGACUUCUGCAAAAAGACUCGCUACGCCAUCCCGUACAUGACGACUGAGACUGCUGCCGUCACUGGCACACUCGUCGCUGAGGUGGUGUCCCCAUUGACGGGCGCCAUUCUGGUGCUGGACGACGUGUCGUCACCCCCCCAGUGCACGCGCAAGCUGGUGUUCCGCCGCAACCCCAACCUCGUGCAGUCCGACGCCGCGCUCCUGCCCGCGCCGCCCACACGCCCUGCAGCAGCGCAUGAUGAGGAGAGCGGCAGCACGGGCACUGGGGCGUCCGGAGGCGUAGCGAAGACAGGAGGGAAGAAAGGUGGAGCGGGAGGGGCUGAGAAGCAAGGGAAGGGAGCCGCCGCAGCAGCAGGUUUGACGACAGCAGGUGUGAGCAAGAAGGGCAGGCGAGCCGCGGCGAAAGCAGCGAGGAAGCAGCAGGCGGCAGAGGAGGGGGGGGUGGUGCAGUGGGUGGUGGAUCACGGGCAGCUGGCGUCGCAGUACCACGGCGCCAUGGUGGCGGGGCUCAGCCUCGUGGCGCCACACAUGGAGGCCCGGGAGAGGAGCAGCGCACAGCUGACAGCAGCCGUGAUAGGGCUGGGCGGAGGGGCUCUGCCCAUGUUCCUGCGGCAGCACUUCCCCUUCACGCGCAUCACGGUGGCGGAGUUGGACGCGGUGAUGGCACAGGUGGCGAGGGACCACUUUGGCUUCGUGCACGACUCUGUGCUGCAACUGCACAUUGGGGACGGCGUGGCGCUCAUCCACUCCAUUGCGGCUGCCCAAUGCUGCACCCAAGGGGGGGACGAUGGGGGGGCAGAGGAUGGCAGAGUGGCAGCAGUGGAGCAUGCGGCAGCUGUGCUCUCCCUGACACGCGAGGCUGAACCAGGCACGAGAGGGCAAGAGGGAGUGCUCGUGGCAGAGGAGGGAGGGAAGCUGGACGUUAUAUUUGUGGAUGCGGACUCGGAUGACCCCAGCACGGGAAUGAGCUGUCCUGCACAGGUCUUCUUGGAGCCGCACUUUCUUCAGUCUGCGCGAGCUGCUCUGAGUGAAAAUGGCAUGCUUGUGCUUAAUGUCGUGGCCCGUGCGAGCACCAAAUACAAGGAGGCUGUAGUUGCUGUGCGUAAGGUGUUCCCAGCCGUCUAUGACCUUGACGUUGACGGGGACAUCAACCGGGUGCUCUUUGCCCUGCCUGCGGUGCCGCCUGCACUCGCUGUGUGCCCAGAUGAGGCAUCAGCAGGGAAGGCUCUCAAGCUUGGUGCUGUGCGCGUGGCAGCACUGGCUGGGAGGUUUGCUCCCUGGGGGAAGGGGCCUUCCCUGGUGAAGCUGGCAGACAGUCUGAGAGUAGCCACAUGACGUCCUGCGAAACCAUGUUAGACAUGGUAUGAAAGGUUUUCAAGCAAUACUCUUUCAAAAUGCGUUUCUUGGCUCGAAUCUGCUUGUAAUGUAAUUUUGGCAUUGUCGAAGCACGUUUGUCGACCUUCUCCCAGUCAGUUGUCCAAGAGG